AUGAAAAGAGAAAUUUCCAACGAGGAAGUAGAAACCACUACACCGAUCAGCAAUGGCGUGUUUGGUGACAAUAAAAGCUUGACGCGGCGAUAUUCUGCUAACUCCGCUACCUACGACCCGAUCCUUGCAAUAGAACGUAUUUUGGAGGAAACAUUCACCAUCGACUUGGAGAAAGAACUCAGGGAAUUUGAGGAAUUCUUUAGCGAAGAAGAGACUGAAGACCCAAUACCAGUUGUCUCAAGGAGACUGUAUAGAAACAACUUGAACGUUUCAAAACAGCUGGAAGAGAAACCCCCACCUUUAACGUCCUCGUCAGAAAUGCGGCGAGUUUCUGCGUAUGAUAUGUUUGGAGAACCGGUGGCACCACCUCCCCCUGAGGAUCUGACAGAGAUUGAGUUGGAGGAAACAGCACAGCCGAUUGAAAAUGGUGUCUACAGCCUAGCAAGUGCGGCAGCAACAGAGGAGCAAGCCAGAACGGCAUUUCUAUCGUAUGUAUCGAAACGUAUUUGUUACGGUUCGUCAGCAGCAAAUCAGUGCCCAUUGACACCAUACGUUGUGUGGAUGCCUAUCAUUAUUUCGUCAUUUCAGUACCUACUCGAGUCAUUUACCGAAACCAGGUCGUCGAAGUUUGUUGAAAGCCCGUAUGAUGGGGACCAGGAAAACACUCCUCAUGUUGACGAAGAUUCGAUUCCUGAACCUUGGAAGAUCGACAUUCAACCUCCCAACACGUUUGAGGAUAGCGCUACUCACGUUGCGGUUCCAAACUCUGAACAGAUAAAGACAUGCGCACAUUGUCAAGGGAAUUGCAAGAUCACCUGUUCUUUCUGUGACGGCGUUGGAUCGACUACGUGUCUGGAGUGUGGUAUUUCAUCGUCGAUGCCGACAAACGAAGAGGAGGGAAGCCACCAAUGUGCAGCGUGUAAAGAUACAGGCCGUAAAGGAUGCCCGCCAUGUUCAGAGUCAGGACAAAUCACGUGUGAUCACUGCAGCGGAAAAGGAAGACUAAAAAGUCAUAUUGAAGUUGUCGUUAUUUGGAAAAAUAACUGGGACGACUUCAUUGUAGAUUACGCUAGUGCAGUUCCCGAAAAAGUGCUUCGUGAAAUGGAGGGCAAAUACGUGUUCAAGGAAGAGAACAGAAAGCGCCAUCAAGUUCGCGUGAUUCCAAUGUCUGAGGUGAAGUACACGUGGAAAAACAAACAGUACAACUUCUUUGUAUACGGCGAAAAUCUGGAGAACGCGUACGCACCCAAGUAUCCACAGCGGUUUCUCUGCUGUACUGUCAUGUAA